AUGGCCACGUGCGAUGUGAUGGGCGUAUACGAGAAAGCACGCGUUGAGGAGAUUAUUGAAGAAAACUCCAAGACUCGCGUCAUCCUGGCGGAUGGGCGUGAAUUCGUUGGAGACGUAGUGGUUGGCGCAGACGGUGUUCAUUCCAAGGUUCGCGAAAUCAUGUGGGAUAAGGCAAACGCGGCCAAUCCCGGAAUGAUUACAGUUGAAGAGAAGCGAGCAAUGGUAACCCAGUACAAUGCCAUCGUCAUGGCAUCGUCUCCCGUACCUGGUCUGGGUUCCCACGACAUGGAAGUCACCUCAAAUGACAAGUUCUCUUUCCUGCUCCUGUGCCAGCCGGAGUGGAUAUCAAUCAUUGUACACAACAAGUUGCCCAAGGAACAGCACUGCACCUGGCCCACACGUCGGCGAUACACCGAAUCUGAUAUGGAGGCUCUGGUCAGCAAGAUCUCAGAGUAUCCUGUCACGGAAACCGUUGUCUUUGGAGAGUUGUGGAAGAGGCGCCUCAAGGCUCAAAUGAUUUCGCUCGAGGAAGGCGUGCUGGAGAACUGGUUCUUUGGGAGGAUUGUCUUGGCUGGAGAUGCUGUCCAUAAGGUUACUCCAAACUCGGCUCUCGGCGGCAAUACAGCAAUGGAAGACGCCGUCACACUCGCAAACACGAUCCACGCCCUUCUCGGCACGCAUUCCAAUAAAAAACCGAGUGAUGUUGAGCUGCGCGAUGCGAUGCGAGACAAGUAUCAAAACACUCGCGUCGACCGUGCGCGGGCCAUCGUGAAGGUCGGGGGUGAUCUCACCAGGCAACAGGCUUAUGACGGUUGGAAGGCCUACUUCGUGCAGCGAUGGCUGACGCCCAUCGUGGGCCUUGAUACUCUUGCGAAGAACAUUGCUGGAUUGUGUGUUACGGCGCCAAAGCUUACGUAUGUGGACUUUGACGAGAAGAGGGGGAUUUUAGGGUGGCAGGAUACACUGUCUGCUAUAAAGGAGAGGGAAGUUCGAGGAGAAGAUGAAAGACUCAAGAGUGGACCUUCGUGGGGUGACUUGAACGGGGGCUUUGAGUCUGUCUUCCCGCAGGUGCUAGCAAUUUUAGUUGCUUUGUGGUUGGCUAUUUGCGUCUUUCACAUUGUCUUCUCUAGACAGUCGAUACCUGGUUUUGGCAGGGAAAUAUGGCAAACCGUGGGAAAGGAGAAUGACACUUUCGGAGUUGCAGUAUGA